CCGUCCGACGACUCGUGUUCGCGUACGUCUUAUUCUUGUUUAUGUUUACGAGUCGGACCGCAAUCGACACACACGCGCAGUCAUAUUUCUCACGGUGACGGAAACGGCCGAACAUCGCGCGCGAGAGACAGAACAUAAAAUUACAACGCGACGAUUGAAUGUUAUGCGAAUUCGUUGUUCCGCGUUAAUACCUACCUAUCAUAUUAUAAUAUAGAUACGAAAUAUCGGUUUUUAUUUCGUCGAUAUCACAAUGUUAUUAUUAUCGGACUUGUGCACUUACCUAUUUCCCGUGCGAUGGUCAUGCGCAGCUGCAGUUGACACGCGAAUGGUGUGAAUAAUACGGUAUUCGUUGAGAAAAUUAUAAUAUUAUUAUUAUUAUAAAAUUAAAAUAAUUCACGUUUUUCCAAAGUGCGUUUUUAUUCGUACGCCUGUUUUUAUUUAUUUUUUAAUAUCCGGCCGCGUCUCCGACAACCACCAUCGCGUUCGGUCCUAAGGGUCUAUCGAAACGGUUACGGAUUAGACGCGAUGGCCCGCGGCACUGUGCGUUUUGCGUGACGCGACUGCAGCAGGGGCCCAGAGUUCCGAGCGUGGAAAAAAGAUUAAAUGGUUCCGCGCUGCUCUUGUGCGAGAAAACCGAGUAAAAAUGAUUAACUUCCUGUUGACGUGCGAUACGUACACUCUCGCGGUGACCGCGCUGCUGAUAAUCGUGGUCUUUUACUGGGUGUUCGAGGUGCACUAUUUUGCCCGGACGCUGUGGUGUGCGACCAUGUGCCGAAUUAUGAAGAAGUACGUGCACAUACUGGACACCACUUCGUACUCUUCAGCGUGCCUGACCACCGAUGUGGACUUCCUGCUGUUCCACAUGAACAACUCGAGGUACCUGCGGGAGGUGGACUUCGCCCGGACCGAGUUCUACACGCGCACCGGGCUGUGGGCGGCGAUACGGGAGAAGGGUGGGCUGCCCGUGCAGGGUGGCACCAGCAUCCGGUACCGGAAGUUCAUCCGGACGUUCAGCCUGUACAGCAUAUCAUCCCGGAUCAUUUACUGGGACCGAGACUCCAUUUACAUGGAACACCGGUUCGUGAGUCGGGGCGACGACUUCGUCAACGCCAUCGUGCACUGCCGGCAGAGGGUGAUCAACUGUGACGUCGAAGUGUUGAUGGGUGAGUUGCUGGCCAAGCGCGCCAAGGAGAGCCCCGGUGACCUGCAGGAAGCGCCCAGGAUAAAGCCCGAGUGCCCGUUGGAGAUCCACCACUGGAUUCAGGCGAACCUUGUGUCCAGCGCCAACCUGCGCAACGGAAACUGAUCGAGAUCUCGAGACUCCCAAACAACCCCCCUACUUUUCCACCCCAUCACGACCGUUCGUGUCCCCGUCAUCGAUUUAACUCGUGGCAGUGAGCUCACCGAGGCCUGCCGUUUUGAGACCAUUCCGAGGAUGGCUUCAGGUCCCGAGGAAGACGUUACCGAUCGGAUUCCGGUAGGUUUAUGCGGCUUUUUCGAUUUUGGUCGCUUGUCCGCGUCGGAGCCAUAGGUCUCACGGUUCCCCGGUCGUCUUCAAACCCCGAUGACGGGACCAUAAUAAUAAUAUUAUAUUAUACCACACUUUAAUUAUUACGUUUUUUGACUGAGUUUUAACGUCACUUUACGUCGUUAUGGGAACAUUAUUUUAUUGUUGCAUUUAUACUCGUAACCGCAUACGUAGAAUUUCGUUUUUUUUUAAUUUAUAUAAUUUAUUUUCAUAAUUUAUUAUUAAUUAUGUAUUUGAUGGGUGACGUCGCGUUUCGUGCAAUUCGUUUUAACCAAUCGAACUCGCUCAUGUUUUGAUCUAAAUAUUGCUUAGCCCUGCUACAAUUUGUUAUUGUUUUGGGAACGACAUAGGUACUCGGGAGCUGAUUUAUGUAAAUAAUAAUUGUUGUAACUCUAAUAAUAUUAUGAUCGAUACAAUUCUAGUCAUUAGUUAUUUUCUUAUUUUCUUAUUUUAUAUACAAUACUUUUAUAACGAUAAGAUAAAUACGUUUUUUAAAGUUAAGUUUGUUAAAAAAUAACUUAAUUUCAAUAAUUAUUAUUUUAAUUUUAUAUCACGUAAACUUGUUAUAGUGUGAAAACACGAGUACUGAUGUCCUUUACCCUUGUCAAAAUUAUUAAUUUAGAGUAGGCAUAGGCUAAUAACCGAUCUUGAUCGUUUUGAAUAUUGUGAUAUUGUAUAUAACAUUUAAUUUUUUAUUUCUGUAUUACUAUUUUUUUGGACUUUGUGUAAAAAAAGAGUGGACCGUAGGUACGUGCUCACAACUGUUUUACGGAAGCGUAGACACGUUUGUUGUUUAUUGUUUGUUAGCAACGAGUGAAUUCAAUAAUUGUAAACUAUGAUUAUAGUAUAAAGUUACUUGUGUUUUUUCACUCAAAAUUAAAAAUUGUUCAUCCUUUAAAUGCUAAACAAUGUUUAAUAACAAAAAUCAUUUACGUAAA